CCAAGGCACUGACCUAUAUUCAUAAAAGUGUACUAUGUCUUGUUGAGCAGUGUAGUAGAAUAUUUGGAGUGGUAACACUGGAUGGUAGGCACUGAUAACCUGGUCUUGAGGCUGUCUAGUGGCAUCCUCUCAUGGUUCAUUCAUAAGCCCUUCCCUGCACUGCCAAAAUAGCAGAUCUAUAAGCCCAGGUGCAUAAUAUUGAUUACUACCAAAAAGGAGGGCAUUUACACAUUUUUUGUCGUUCAUAUCAGUAGUUAACAAUAAGCUAUUGCUCAAUAACGUGGAAAAAGGAAAAAUGAAUGUUACAAGGUGUGAGUGAACCGCUGCCGCGUGAUUGCAAGGUAUCAAUAAGAUCACAGUCUUCUGUUCCUCCUGUCCUUGGUUCUACAGCUUCUCUUCUGUCCAUUGUGAAACACGAAGGGUGUGAACAGGAAGUCACACAACCCGAGGCUGAUCUUUGCAACAAUUUUUCGUCUUUAAAAGUCCUGAAAUAACAUCAUAAAGCAACAUGAGCGAAAAAGUUUUGUUUUUAGUUUCAGUCCUUGUCGAGGUUGGAUUGAAAGGGAAAAAAAAACGCAGCACAAAUGAAACAGUAAUGUUCAUUUCCGAAUGCCAUUUUCUCCACAUAGUUUGAUAACAGUCGUGAUAAUAAAUAAGUCUCAAGAGUAAUAGAUUAACUAACAGGAGCUCCUUGCUUUUUACCUGGCCGCUGUGUCGCACCUGAGUCACGCUAACACGCUUCACGCACCACCACACCGCCACCACCACCACCGCCACAUUGCUGCCACUAAUGAAUAACCGGCCAGGCACGCCAAGAAGACGUUUGGUAACUCCUUGAAUCGCCUCUGACACAAAACGUUGUAAUGUAGCGAGGAAGUGACGUAAACGCGCGUUGCCAGUGCAUGAAAUAUUUACUGGGAUUUGUGCAUGAUUCUGCUGGUAGAAUAAUAAAGUAAGUUUUUUAUGCCGAGGGGUAGUGUCAUGUACUAAGCUGCACGAACAAAGAUGGGAGUGUGUCUGUGUCAUGCUGCAUUGAGUGGAACCUGAGACACGCGGGAUGAGUCAUGCUGGUUCAGGUGAGGUGGCUGGCGGUGGUGGUAGUGGUGGUGGUCUGCCCGGUGACGCCCGGUACCUGCUGUACGUCCCUCCACCGCCUCGUGUAGUGUUCCCCGUGAGCCGCAAGAUAACAUGGCUGUCGCGAUAAGGAAAUUUACGAUUAGAUAAGAACAUUGUUUUAACUUCGCAUACGUGUUUGUGAGACUGAAGGAGACGUGCAAUGGAAAGUUAAUAUGUGCAAUGUUGGUGCAACUUGCGUUUGUAGAGACGAAAUUCUAACCAAUACUUCUCGUCGAUAUCGAACACGGAGACCUAAUAGCUGUAAGACAGGCAUGGCGGAGCUGCGGGCGUGGGCAGUGGUGGUGGUGUGGGUGGUAAGCCUCGCUAGCCACGCCCACGGCCAGCUAGGGGUGUGGGGCGUCGACGAGGACACAGAGAGCCUUGACACGCCCACCACCACCGCCAGUCAACUGCUCCCGGACAUAUAUUGGGAAAGAGAAGGCGAGUGGGAAGAUGAAGGCAACGCGGCGGGACGAGAAGAGAGCGGCGUGGUGGUGCGGGGGCAGGAGAGGAGGUGGCGGCCGCUACUCGAUACCUACCAGGGGUGUUACGACGGGCAGGUGUUCAACGGGACCCUCAUGUACGUGAAUCUGACCCAGGUGAUGGAGAACAAUCAGCUGGAGGGCGCGGAACAAGCUUGCUUCCACCUGUGUAGCAACAAGAAGCCCCUCUCCUCCAUGUACAUCGCCGUCAGCCCCGCCGUCAGCAGCGUGGUGGAUGGGUGCGGGUGUCAGGAAGCGCUGUAUCUUGAUAAUCUGGACGGUGAGAAGUGUGACACAGUUCAACAUUACUACCGUGUGUACUGCGGCCCCGCCAAUGACGAGUGUAUGAACCACGGCACCACACUGGCAGCCUCCUCGCUCCUCCUCGGCCUGCCCCUCGCUGCUCUUCUCCACUCACUUGUCACGAGUUAUGAUGUAUAGGCAUGAUUCUAGGCCCAGAAUAUAGGGUAUCGUGAGGAAAGAAAGUCAAGGGAAAGAUAGAGAGAUGAAAGAGUGGGAUAUUGAACUGCAGAAGAUGAGUCACAGAAGAUACAAUGGACAUAAGCAACGGAAGGAAACGACAAAAGAUUGUUUGAUGUUUAUUACGAAAGUCAUAUUCUCAUAUUUCUAGACACUUCAUAUAUUUUUGAUGAUCUUUGUGUGGUUGGUCUGGGCUUGUUUUGUUACAUACAUAUUUUUGUAACUUUGGGUUGUCUUAGAGAAGCCUACCUCUCUUUUAUGAAGAAAGUUUCUUAUCUACUCUAACCAGGCUCAAACAGUUAUUUUGGUAGUUUAAUAAGAGUGUGUCUUUGUGUCCGUCCAUGUAGUGAUGUCAGGUAGAGUUAUUUCUUAAUCCUGCAUCUUUGUAAGGUGAAAGUGGGCUGAAGAGAAAACAAAAUAAGAAAAUGUACAGAUACAGAUGGAAAUAGAAAAGUGGGUGAAAUUAAGGAUUGCACAGGUUAAUGGCCACAACAAACUAGAAUAAAAGUCAAUCCUACUGCAAUAACUGGUAAAAAUACAAACAUUGCUUUCCUAUAUCAACGACAUUGUCUCCCGUCCAACUUUGUACAUAAAAAUGGAAGUAAACUGGGUGUGCAAUAUACGAGACACUAUUUCAUAUUGUUUCGGAUACGUUUGGCAGAUUUCGUAAAUAAAGGCAUUAUAAUUUUA